UUGAUUACCUGGUAUACAAUCGACAAAGGAGAAAAAGAGCCGUAAGGCUCCGGAGAGAAGGUAGCUCCAUGAAAGAGAAUUCGAGUAAGCUAAUAAUGGAUUCCGCUUCUAACCGUGUAAGUGUGUGCAAAACAGAGAGGCGCUGAGCUGACCCCAACGGACUCGAGCUGCUACAGGACAGGCAGAAAGUGAAGCCGCAUGGAGAUGGUCGCUUAGAAGGAUGGGGAGCUUCUGUGGUUGCUUGAGGACCGAUGAUCACGCUCUUGGCUAAGGAAGGAGAGAGAGGUCCCCUCGUCAUCCGGCCACAGUCAGCCAGGCUGGUUGUGGCUUCUCUUUCCAGGAAAAAGACACAGCAAAGAACAUGGGUCAACUACCUCUCGCCAAGUAGAUCGAUCGAGAGAGAGAGAGGCUACUUCUGUAAAUCAUCGCUGACCAUAUGAUUGUUUUCGAGAGGACGUUCUCGCCAUCGUUCGAAUCUACCCCUACUACCGGUCAGGGCGUGAGACAGAGAGACGGAGAGGUGCCUCUGCAUUUGCAUUUGCUAUCGCACAGAGAGAGAGAGAGAGAGAGAGAGGGUGCCGCCACUCUCAUCCGAGAGAACGAGAAAGUGGGUGGUCGUGUAGUUGUUAUCAGUUGUCUCUCUUUGUUCAUCGGAGAAAGAGAGGGAGAGAGAGAUGGAUAGGAGAAGGAGGGCUGCCUCUUCUUCUUCUUCUUCUUCGACGUGGAGGCAGAGUAGCAGGCAAACACACCAGAGUCUCUCGCUCUCAGCCGAACCGGCCGAUGGCUGCAGCCCCGGCUUCCUUUCUACUGUCUUCUCCGACGCCGGCAACGGCGAGCCAGGUAUCCUUAAGCGCGGCGCCUUCCGCCACCUCUCCUGCACGUCGACGCCAGACGUCUACAUUCCGGCGACCGCCGCCAGCGUCAUCCGGGCUUCCGCCGACUGGGAGCCCAAGCCCAGCAGACGAGUUCGCGGCCCUCACCGUAGAACGGCGCCGACAGCUUCUUCUUCCGUUCGAGGUCGGAGACGCUCAAACGCUUGUCCGGACCUCUGGAGUUCUAGUCACCUGCCAUUGACGGCGGAUGCUGCAUCCUCCGUGGGCGGCUUGGUACCCGUCGAACCGGCGCCGGGUAGUCGGUUUCACCGUAGAUUCAGGGGACAAGACACUGCCGCACCUAUUACAAUCAGCUCUAUUGGGGCAAGGAGUUUCGGGGAGUUUGAUGACCUUGUUCAGCAUGGCAUAGAUGCUGCUCUAGGACCAUCCAUCUGUGAAAUGGCAGACCGAUUUAUUCUGCUUCCAAGAAGACGCCUCCGGAGUUUGAAUGGAUUGGAUUAUCAACAUGAACUCAUCAGAGAGGGCUCACAAGUAUGCUGGCAUUGUCAUGGCGCAAAGAGGAGUGGGUUCUUUCUGCAGGAUUUUCAUACUAACCCUGUCCAAGCUGCUGGACAUGACCGGUUUAGGGAAUGGAGGCUUGAUGUGGACGAUAUGUCAUAUGAGGAGCUGGUAGAGCUGGGGGAUCAAAUUGGAUAUGUGAAGACUGGUUUGAAGGAUGAUGAAAUCAAUGUAUGCGUGGAGAAGAUGAAGCUGUGUUUCUUGGAAAGAGAAUGGAGAUGUUCCAUCUGUUUGGAAGAAUAUCGUCAUGAGGAACAUCUGGGGAAACUAGAGUGUGGACAUGAGUACCAUGUGUGCUGCAUCAAAAAAUGGCUUCAGCAGAAGAGUAUUUGUCCUAUCUGCAAAGCAACUGUAUCUGAAUUUAACGCAUAAAUGUUGUACGGUCCUUGUUCUUUCAAUUUGUCGAAAAAGUAUAUCAUAUACGCUUCCUGUUCAUAUGGUUCAUCUCCUGGUUUUUCCUUUUCCUUUUAUUGAGGUUUGGAAGUGGUGUAUUUGUUAAACGAGUGAAGAUUGAGCAUGCAAACUGGUCUCUCUUUCUGACUCAA